AUGUUGUCUACUGUAUUAAUAAGGGGUCGCACUCCUCUUCUUGUAGGUAGAAGUCUAUCUUUGGUGGUCGCGAAUUGCAACCGAAUUAAUUGGGAAGCUUCAAGAAGACUAUAUCAUGACGAGAGAGACCAAAAAAAACUUGGUAGGUACCAGAGGAACGACAGUAACAGUAGGCCCAGGAACUCUCGUUUUAACUCCCGUCCAAGAACCAGAUCCAGGGAUGAUGAUGAUGAGGUGCAUUUCGAUAAAUCCACUUUUUCCAAGUUGAUUCACAUCCCGAAAGAAGACAACUCCAUAGAUGUGACACUAGAUUCGUUAUUGGAGGAGGGUGUUCUUGAUAAGGAACUACAUAAAGCUAUUACUAGGAUGGAGUUUCCUGGUUUGACUCCCGUGCAGCAGAAGACUAUAAAACCCAUUUUAUCCAGUCAAGAACACGAUGUUAUCGCAAGGGCAAAAACCGGUACAGGUAAGACUUUCGCGUUUUUGAUUCCUAUUUUCCAGCAUUUGAUAAAUACGAAGCUCGAUUCUCAAUACAUGGUUAAAGCUGUUAUUGUUGCACCAACAAGAGAUUUGGCCUUACAAAUUGAAGCUGAAGUGAAAAAAAUCCACGAUAUGAACUAUGGCUUGAAAAAGUAUGCCUGUGUCUCCUUAGUAGGUGGUACUGAUUUCAGGGCAGCUAUGAAUAAAAUGAAUAAGCUGAGACCAAACAUUGUUAUUGGUACUCCAGGGAGAUUGAUUGAUGUCCUCGAAAAAUAUUCAAACAAAUUUUUCAGAUUUGUCGACUAUAAAGUACUCGAUGAAGCUGAUAGAUUAUUAGAAAUUGGGUUUAGAGAUGACUUGGAAACUAUUUCUGGUUUAUUGAAUGAAAAAAACUCCAAAUCGGCCGAUAAUAUCAAGACUCUAAUGUUCUCAGCCACUUUGGAUGACAAAGUACAAAAAUUGGCAAACAAUAUCAUGAAUAAAAGCGAAUGUCUCUUUUUAGACACAGUAGACAAGAAUGAGCCCGAGGCUCACGAGAGGAUUGACCAGUCUGUUGUGAUUUCUGAGAAAUUUGCCAAUAGCAUAUUUGCCGCUGUGGAGCACAUAAAGAAGCAAGUCAAAGAAAGAGAGUCCAAUUAUAAAGCCAUUAUAUUUGCUCCUACUGUCAAGUUUACCUCCUUUUUGUGUAAUAUUUUACAAAAUGAAUUCAAAAAGGAUUUGCCAAUUUUGGAGUUUCAUGGUAAAAUAACGCAAAAUAGGAGAACAAGUUUAGUCAAGAAAUUCAAGAAAGAUGAAUCUGGUAUUCUGGUCUGUACAGAUGUGGGUGCUCGCGGUAUGGAUUUCCCAAAUGUUCAUGAAGUUUUACAAAUUGGUGUCCCAUCCGAAUUGGCUAACUAUAUUCAUAGAAUUGGUAGAACUGCCAGAAGUGGAAAAGAAGGUUCUUCCGUAUUAUUCAUUUGUAAGGAUGAAUUGCCAUUUGUCAAAGAAUUGGAGGAUGCCAAAAAUAUCAUCAUCGCCAAACAGGAAAACUACGAGCCAAGUGAAGAAAUAAAGACGGAAGUCCUAGAGGCGAUGGAUCAAGAAACAGAAAAUCUAUCAGAUGUCAUAAUUAGUCUAAUCUCUUCCUACAGAUCUUGCAUCAAGGAAUACAGAUUUUCUGAGAGACGUAUAUUGCCUGAAAUUGCUUCUACUUAUGGUGUGCUUUUAAACGAUCCUCAAUUAAAGAUCCCUGUAUCCAGAAGAUUUUUAGAUAAAUUAGGGUUAAGCCGCAGUCCAAUUGGUAGGGCAAUGUUUGAAAUUAGAGACUAUAGUGGCAAUAGAGAUAGAAGUGAGAAUUCAUACGAUGAUGAUGGCGUUGAAUCAGACACUUCUUUUAGAGGAAAUAGGAACAACAACAGGGAUAAAAGAGGAGAUUAUGAUGACGAACAGUCUGAACGCGGCAGUUACAACAGACGUUCAUUCUCUCGUAGUAAUGAUAGAAACAAUUAUUCCAAUAGAAGUAACAGCAGAUAUUAG